AUGACGGGAUAUAAAGGGGAUAACAAGCCAGAGAAAUGUUCAGUGUGUUAUAACGAUUAUGAUGACAAUCAGCUACGGCCUCGCACACUGCCGUGCGGCCACACAUUCUGCUCCCAGUGUGUUGACAAUGCUAUCAAGAAUGGUCAGCUGACCUGCCCCAGCUGCCGUGCCGAGCACGCUGCCACAGCUGCUACUCAGUUCCCAAUUAGCUAUGCUGUGGAGGCUUUUGUUAGGAAACUCAAAAAUAUCCAGCAAACACAAGAGGAAGCUGUACCCGCAAAAAAGAAGUUACGUUCCAUGUUGCAGGAGCAGAAGAGCAUCAUCAGCAGCCUCAUUACUAGCUGUGAAGAGGUCAUAUCACAAGAUAUUGAGUUGCGUUUUGAGGAAAGGAAGCCUGUUCUUAGGUUUAUCGGGGUUCCCAAGGUCAGCUACUGA